UUAGUUAUGGUGAAAAACAAAUUUAGAUGGAUGAACAUUAUACUUGUUUUGUUUCAAGUUCUGUGUUGUUUAACUACAAACAUAGAUGGAGACCUCCCAGAAAACUCUAUAUCUAAAGCCCCACCAACAGAACCUGUAGACGUGUUGUCAACAAGCACGCCUACAGCAGCUCCGUCCAACAAGACAGAACGACCUAAGGACAAGUUGGUAUCACCUUCGUUGCUUGACCCGAGUAAAGUGUGCCCGACCGGUACAGCAUGCAGCGUGCUGGGCGGAGACUGUAUUCACUGUAUGUUCAACGCGUCCUGUGUGUACGGCAGUGUACAGACUGCAGUCUGUUCAGUAAGAGAAGGAGUCAACUGCACUGGCAACCAGACGUUUGAGAGAAGCUAUCACUGUCGGUACUGCUACCAGCUUGACACAUGGCUGUACACGUGCAACGCGUCUCUGUGUCAGAUCAACACGCCCCGGAAAACCUGGCCAGCGAGACCAUUCUACACCUCACUGUGUACCGUGAGACAGGAGGUUCUGUGCAUGGGACGACGACGGUUCUACAAACAGCGCCUGUGUAAUUGGACAAGAGGCUACAAGUGGUCCACAGCGUUUAUAUUAAGUCUUACUCUUGGAGGUUUUGGAGCGGACCGGUUUUACCUCGGACUGUGGCGAGAGGGGAUUGGAAAGUUGUUUAGUUUUGGAGGUCUGGGUGUCUGGACUCUAGUGGAUGCCAUUCUGAUCGCUGUGGGUUACGUGGGCCCUGCAGACGGGUCUUUGUACAUAUGAGUUGUAUUUCUUUCACCCAUCAGACAGUUUGUUGUUAGUGCUGAGGUGUCAUUAACCUUUACGAGUCUCUGCUGGAACGAUGUCAUGGACCGAGCAUUUUCGUGAAGUCAGGGUAAUAGCAGCACGCAAUGCACCGUCAUGACACAAUGGUAUUAAAGUGAUGGAGUGCCGCAAGUUGUCACGCUACGAAAGGGUUAAACAUUCAUUCAUUCCUUUGAUAUUCUUAUAAUUAUUGGUAACGUGGAGGACGUAAUAUACAUCAGAGAUGUCAUGCCAAGUUUAAAAAAAAAUUAAAACUGAAAUGAUUUAUAAAAAGCUGAAAACUGAACUAUUAUCAUGCUUAAAUAAAGUUAAUUUUUCAGCAUUUUAUAUCAAAUCCUCUUUAUUAUGUGAAAAUAUUUAUAAAAAAUUAAGAACAACAAGACGCCUUGCCUAAUAUCAAAAUUAUGAAAAGCUAAAAAGUCCCAUCCUUGUACAUUAUAAUUCAAUCUCUGCAUUCUUUCCCCUCAGAUAAAGUCGAGAGAUGAAGGCCACAAUGCAUUGAAACUGUAUUGCUAUGAGAUUAAUUUAUUUUUGUGUAAAAGAAGCCUAUGGAAGAAUUUGACGAUUCCAAUUUAGAGUCAAAAUUGCUUGAAAUUCGUGCCAGUCAUUUGGUCAGGAAAUCUACAAAUUCUUUCGGAAAGAAUUAAAAAAUGGCAGACCAAACAUGAUCAUAAAUUGUAAAUGCAAAUUAAUUGCUGGUACGAUAGGACAGCAGACAAAAAGAUCUCUCCGCUGGUGGUGAUGUUGACCGGCAAAAACCAGUCAGGAUGGCAGUGUUUCGACCGACUGGUAUUUUGGUAUGUUUUUUUAACAAUGUAACUUGACUUGCCAUGUUUUAAUAACUUAUUAAAGAUAUACAUAAUUAUCGCAAAAUGGUGUAAGAAAUGUGGAUCAAAGAUUUAUGAAAUUAGUGUAAAAUAUGUACAUAGAUAUUUAUGUUAUUUGUUGUAAACAUGACAUGAUUGUGUUGUCUAAACAUUCACAUCUUACCAAUUUAUAUGUUAUAAUAACUUAUGGGUGUAUUGAAAAAAUAAAGGACUGACAUUUUAAAAUAAACUGUAGUACAGUUGAUCCAUAUAUUUUCAGAUUCAGAUAAUAAACUUUAUCUUGUACCAUGUAUUUUCUUAGUUUUCUUAGAAGCCUUCAUCAAAAUACUGUUGUCACUUCUGUAACUGAUACAUUAUAAUACAUAUUGUGGUACACCGUAUUCAAACAUUCUGACAACAGUCAUCCCUUUUUUUAUUAUUAUAUAAAUAAUAAUAAUUAGUUCCCAACCACUACCAAUACUCUAUAGUCUGACAGAUAACUUGGUGUUUGAUUUUAUUCAGCUCGAACAAAUAAAUGAUUAUGCCUCAGAUGAAACAUUUUUCAUUUAUGAAAUGUUUAUAAAACAAUCAGAACAUUUAUUAUUAAUUAAUAAAAUAUCCCUGUUAUAUAUUUUGCCAUUCAUUUAUUAAAGCAAGUACAUUAAUUACAUUUAUUUUUAUUUCACUUCUCUUUUUUUUCAAUCUUAAAUGACAAAAAAAAAGGUGCCCUGAAAAUGGGGAAAAUGCAUUAAGUGUUUAGUCUACCAUGCCUUGCCAAAUUUGUAGGGAAAACACAAUUUAAGUCGACAUAAUCAUGUAUUGUUAGCUUGAGCAUUGUAUUCAAGAACAAAAUUAACAGGUGCUUGUAAUUAAUAUCUUGUGGUAUUGUAUUGUAGUUGUAC